CCGGCGGCGCCCAAGGGCGUUUACCUCCAUGGCAGCGUGGGCAGCGGCAAGUCGCUCGCCAUGGACCUCUUCUCGGCGGCGGUCCUGCGGGAGGGCACGGUGCCGCACCACCGCAGGCUGCACUUCAACUCUGCCAUGCUGGAGCUCCACAGGCGAGCGCCGCGCCCUUGCAUGGAUGCUGAGGGGCGGCUGGACGAGAGCAGGAGCGCUCCUUGGGCUGUGCCCAGCCAAUGGCCGUGCUGCUCCAUGUGUGCCUGUGCCAGCCUUGUCCUGCCUGGUUGUCCCUCCUUCCUCCCACAGGCGGUGGCGCUCAAGGGUCUGGUGGAGGCGCUCCUGGCAGAGGGUUGCGUGGUGGUGGCCACCAGCAAUCGGGCGCCCUGGGAGCUGGACAGGCACGGCCUGCAUGAGGAUCUGUUUGAGCACUUCAGGGCCAGCCUGCAGGCCGCCUGCGACGUGGUGUGCCUGGAUUCGGGCCGCGACUACCGCCGCCUGCUGGCGGCAUCGACCCUGCUGCGGCCGCUGCCGGCAGCAGGGGCGGCCGCCGGAGCUGGCAGGGCCACUGAUGAUCGGCAGCAGCAGGAGCAGCAGCGGGGCGCCGGCAGGGAGCUGGGCGUGAUGUUUGGGCGGCGGCUGCACGUGGCGCGCUGCGCCGGCGGCGCCGCGCGCUUCUCCUUCCCAGAGCUGUGUGCGGUGCCGCUGGGCACGGCAGACUAUGUGGCCCUGUCCCAGACCUUCCACACAGUCUUCCUGGAGGGCGUGCCGCCGCUGAGCAUGCAGGCGCGCGGCAGCAGGCCUCGUGGUGGCGGUGGUGGUUCUGUGCGGGACCAGGCGCGCCGCUUCAUCAGCCUGGUGGAUGAGCUGUACAACCACCGCACCCGCCUGGUGUGUACCGCCGCCGCGCCGCCCGACCAGCUGUUCUCGGGGGCGGGUGCCGAGGGGGAGGGCAUCCUCGACCUGGAGGGGCUGCAGGCGGCCGCCGCCGCGGCGCGGCUGGGCGGCGCCGAGGAGCGCUUUGCCUUCGCGCGCGCGGUCAGCCGGCUGUACGAGAUGCAGGGCGAGCUCUACCUGGCCUCCCGCCCUCGCCAGCCGUAG